AUGGAACUCUAAGUAGGCUAUUAAACAUACGAAUGGGGUAAAAUCGGUUCUGAAAGUUUCGUAUAUAACCUUUUAAAUAGUGAAUAAAAAUUGACAAUAUCAGAAAAAAAACCUUAUGCAGAAUUAUGGAUGGGAACUCACUAAAACUGUCCAUCUUAUAUAAAAAAUAAAAACUCAAAAUAAAAAAGUUUAAUAGAGGUAAUAAAAUCAAACCCAAAAUAUUAUUUAGGGCAAAAUAAAAAUUACUAAUUACCAUUUUUAUUUAAAGUAUUAAGCGUAAACAAAUCAUUAAGUAUUUAAGCUCAUCCUGAUAAAAAAUUAGCAGAAAAAUUACAUAUAAAAUAUCCUGAAAUAUAUAAGGAUGAUAAUCAUAAACCUGAAAUGUGUAUUGCUUUGAGUGAAUUUGAAACUUUUUGUAAUUUUUGCAAACCAGAGGAAAUUUUAUAAAAUAUAUAAGAAAAUGAAGAAUUAAGAAAUUUAAUUAACGACGAAAAUGCAAUUAAUAAUUUUGAAUAAGUCUAAAGUAAAGAAAAUUUGGAAAUUUUAUUGAAAAAAGUUAUAUAUGCAGAUAUUUAAAAUUUAGAAGUUUAAAUUUUAAAAUUAAUUCAAAGAAUAAAAAAUAAAAAAAUAAAAAUAUAAGAGAUUAAUUAGUACUUAGAAUAAAUGAAUAAUUCCCCAAUAAUGAUGUAGGAAUUUUCAUUUAAUAUUUCCUUAAUUAUCUAAAACUAUAACCUGGAUAAGCUUUAUUAAUGGGAGCUAAUGAACCUCAUGCAUAUUUAUCAGGUGAUUGUAUUGAAUGUAUGUCUUGUUCAGAUAAUGUUGUUAGAGCAGGACUUACUCCUAAAUAUAUUGAUAAAGAAACUUUGUGUUCUGAUCUGUAUUUUUUGUUGCAGCAAAUAAAAAAUAUUAUUUUAAUAAUUGCAUUAAUUUAAAAGCAUUUAUAUGUUAUAGUAAUAUAUGAUACAUAUAUAUUUAAAUUUUAAUUAUUUUUUAAAAAAUUAUAAUAAAAUUAAUAUUUCAAUAUUCUAAUAUAUUAUAAUACAUUUUAAAUAAUAUAUAUGA